AAAAUCUUUUAGCAUUUUGGGUUCUUUUUUUUUUUCCCGUUAAAGGGUAUUCUUGUAUUGUUUGAUAGCUGCUGGGUUUUUUUGCACCUAGAUAUGCAUACAUCGGGUUGCUUUUGAAAAGGGCAAAAAAAGCACUGUGCUUAGUUCAGGAGAGGUAUUCAAGAGGUCUGGUGAUAUCCACCUUCCGGAGAUGUAUCUUUCAAAGGGUUGUAGGUGUGAAGUUGUUCUCUGCUUGUGGUUCUGUUGCUAUUUGCUUCUCGCUGUUGGUCAGACUGACCCCACUGAAGUUGACGCAUUGAGAACCAUAAAGGAAAGUUUGAUUGAUGUUAAUGGAAAUUUGAGCAGCUGGAGUAACGGAGACCCAUGUACAUCUAAUUGGACAGGGGUUUUGUGCUCCAGUACGACAUUAGUCGAUGGCUAUCUACAUGUUCAACAAUUGCAACUACCGAACUUGAACUUGUCUGGAACUUUGGCCCCAGAGAUUGGGCGCUUAUCUUAUCUGGAGAUAAUGGACUUUAUGUGGAACAACAUAAGUGGGAGUAUACCGAAGGAAAUUGGCAAUAUCAAAACUUUGAAACUCUUGCUCCUGAGUGGAAAUCAUUUAAGAGGUCUGUUGCCAGAAGAGCUUGGCUAUCUUCCAGUCCUGGACAGAAUGCAAAUCGAUCAGAACAAUAUUACAGGAUCUAUUCCUUCAUCAUUUGCAAACCUGAACAGCACACAGCACUUUCACAUGAACAAUAAUUCACUCAGUGGACAAAUCCCACCAAAGCUUUCUCGCUUAGGAAGCCUACUUCACCUUCUUCUUGACAACAACAAGUUAUCAGGAUAUCUCCCCUCGGAGCUCUCUGAGAUGCCAAGCUUAAAGAUACUUCAACUUGACAACAAUAAUUUUGGUGGAAACAGCAUUCCAGAUUCUUAUGUCAACAUGUCAAAAUUGUUGAAAUUGAGCCUUAGGAACUGCAACUUGCAAGGACCGAUUCCUGAUUUAAGCAGGAUACCAGACCUUGGUUAUCUCGACCUCAGUUUCAAUCAGUUGAAUGAAUCAAUUCUUUCUAAGAAGCUUUCUGAAAAUAUCACUACCAUUGAUUUAUCAAACAACAAGCUUACUGGAACUAUUCCAUCCUACUUUUCUGGUCUGCCACAUCUUCAGAAAUUGUCACUUGCAAACAAUUCAUUGAGUGGCAAUAUUCCUUCUAACAUUUGGCAGAACAAGACUAAUGCAACAGAAAUGCUUCUCCUGGACAUGCAAAAUAAUCAACUUACAAGCAUAUCAGGCAGUACAAAUCUUCCUCCAAAUGUCACAGUCUUGUAUGCUUCUAAACUUAUAUUGCAGUCUAUACUGAAAUCAGGGCUUGAGGGAAAUCCUCUAUGCUCAAAUAAUAACACCUUAGUUCAGUUCUGUGGAGCUGGAAGUGACAAUGGCGUGAACAGUAGCUCCAGUGUCAGCUGUCCUAGUCAGGCAUGCCCUCCUCCUUAUGAAUACAAUGUGGAGUGUUUCUGUGCAGCCCCAUUGAUCAUUGAUUAUCGGUUGAAAAGUCCAGGAUUUUCAGAUUUCCGUACUUACGUGGAUGCAUUUGAGAGCUUCCUGACAGAUAGUCUUAACAUACAUAUUAAUCAGCUAUUCAUUAAUAGUUUUGCAUGGGAAGAAGGGCCUCGGUUGAGAAUGUACUUGAAGCUUUUUCCUAUAUAUGUUGACAAUAGAAGCUCUCAUAUUUUCAAUACAAGUGAGGUUUUUCGAAUCAGAAACUUGUUCAGAGAGUGGACUAUUCAAGACAGUGACUUGUUCGGGCCUUAUGAACUUAUAGACUUCAUUCUCCUGGAUCCUUACAGGGAUGUGAUUAUCACUUCUCCAAGUUCAGGGAUAAGCAAGGGUGCACUGGCUGGAAUAGUUUUAGGUGCAAUUGCAGGUGCAGUCACAUUAUCUGCAAUUGUUUCCAUUCUAAUAUUGAGAAUACGCUUGAGAGAUUACCGUGUGCUUUCCAGACGGCGUAAUGCAUCUAGGAUCUCAAUGAAAUUUGAUGGUGUAAGAUCAUUUGAUUAUGAAGAAAUGGCCUUGGCUACAAACAAUUUUAGUGACUCCGCAGAAGUUGGACAAGGGGGGUAUGGAAAGGUUUAUAAAGGUAUUCUUUCUGAUGGCACUCUUGUUGCCAUAAAACGUGCACAGGAGGGAUCACUGCAAGGUGAGAUGGAGUUCCGUACAGAAAUACAUUUGCUAUCAAGGGUACAUCAUCGCAACCUUGUGUCUCUGAUUGGAUACUGUGAUGAAAAGGGUGAACAGAUGCUGGUUUAUGAAUACAUGCCCAAUGGAACGCUGAGGGAUCAUCUUUCUGUUCAUUCAAAAGAACCUCUUAGUUUUCCCAUGAGAUUGAAGAUGGCUAUAGGGUCAGCUAAAGGUCUUCUGUAUCUACACACAGAAGCUGAUCCUCCAAUAUUCCACCGGGAUGUCAAGGCGAGCAAUAUAUUGUUGGACUCUAAGUUCACAGCAAAAGUUGCUGAUUUUGGACUUUCACGGCUUGCCCCGGUUCCAGAUAUUGAAGGAAAUCUUCCUGGUCAUGUAUCUACAGUGGUAAAGGGGACCCCGGGUUACCUUGAUCCAGAGUACUUCUUAACUCACAAGUUGACUGAUAAGAGUGAUGUUUAUAGUCUUGGUGUUGUAUUUCUGGAACUUGUGACAGGGAGGCCACCAAUAUUUCAUGGUGAAAAUAUUAUUAGACAGGUUACUGUGGCGUUCCAAUCUGGUGGAAUCUUUUCGGUUGUUGAUAAACGUAUGGGGUCUUAUCCUUCUGAGUGUUUGGGGAAAUUUUUGACUUUGGCCUUAAAGUGUUGCGAAAAUGCACCAGAUGAACGGCCAAAAAUGGCAGAAGUGGUUAGGGAGCUUGAAAACAUCUGGUCUAUGAUAUCUGAGUCCGAUGCCAAGGGAGUUGAAUAUGUGGCAAGUGAUUCUGGAACAAUAUUCAGUUCACCACAUUCAUCAUCUACUCUAAAGACUCAUUUAAUUUCAGGAGAUGUGUCGGGUAGUGACCUUGUUAGUGGAGAUAUACCAAGCAUCAAGCCAAGAUAGAAGUUCCAAAAGAUCAACUUUAGCAAAUAUGAUUAUAUAAUCUGCGAAUGUCAAUACCCUGUGAAAUGAACAAUGAAACCGUAUUUACUAUUUUUCAUUUGUUCUUUUUGUUAAUUCUUUUUGUACAACCUGUUGUGAGAUAAAUUGACAGAACACAGG